AUGGCGCUAAAAGGACAUGUCUUCCAGACGCUAAAAGUUCCAAGUUCACUUUAUUGUUUAGAAGCUUGUACGCACGAGCCAAGAUGCCAGAGUUUCGACCACGUCAUGGGAAAAGACAUCUCUGAGCUCAACAACCGCACAAAAGAGGCAAGACCAGAGGACUUCAUCUCGGACGUUACCAAGUUGUACUUUAAAAAGCCUAAGAAUAGAAGUAACUUGUAGAAGAGUCAAUUUAAUGUAUGACACAUAUAAGAUUCUGGGGAAACUGUCCACCUACCCCUCCCUUUACUCAAUAUUUUAAAGUUGGGUACAGUUAGGGGAGAAAUAGGUGUCCAGUGUUUAGAGUCUCUAUAAGACACCACUAUGAGACGAACACCUCCCCAAAACGUAAACGCGGAGUUGGUCCUCACCUUCGUACUUCAGUCAUCUUCUUUGUCGCUCUAUAACACAGACAGAGUAGAACUAACUAGCUGAGAUGAACACUAAACGGCAAUGAGUCCCUCACUUCGCCGUAGAGCUGAGGCUCGCGAUGUGUAGCAACAAUUGAAGAUUUGUCUUUCUUGCUUUUGACGUUAUUUACAAAUAUUCUUUCUUUUCUUUUCUCAUUGCUUUUUACUUGUUAUCAGGUGAUAUCUUGUUGUAGUAGAAUUAUUUAAUGCCUUUUCUUGUCUAAAAAUAGUAAGCGCGUGGUAGACGAUGAGCGGAGAAAAAAGGCGGGAGCCCGGCCUGUUGUUCUGUCUUUUGCAUUCUUAUCGUAUCGUCCACUGCGCGCUUUCUUAUUUUCCUCUCCCCAGCCUCCUCACGACACAAGGAGGCUUCUGCAGAUGAAAGACCAGCAUUAGGGUCUUUAAGCAGCGACGUUUUUGAGAGAAGAACGUCAACCGGAAGUUAACUUUUCUCUUUUUAUAUGCCUUGAGGCUACCACAAUUGUAUUGCUAGGUGUCUUCACUCUUAAAGAGACGUUUGGCCCAAAAGUUUGUUCAAAAUCACUGCGCAACAGUGCAAAAAGUUUACUUCCGAUUGACGUGCUUCGCUCAAAAACGUUGCUGCUUUAAAAACUCGCUAGUCACAAUGGUGGCUGACUUAGUAUGAGUUGAUUUACGGUCCGGAAAAACGGGCAACAAAAAACACGCAACUUGUUUUGCAACAUUGCUGCAAAACGAGUUGAAAAGUGAUAUUGCGCGUUUUACCAUCCAUGCUCAAACCUGUUAACAACCUGAUUUGUAGCAAGACAGGUUUUAUGUGGGUGGUAUAACGCGCAACAUCAUUAUAUUAAUCAAAUAGUUUUGCAGCAAUGUUGCAAAACAUGUUGCACGUUUUUUGUUGCCCGUUUUUCCGUAGCUUAAAGCUAAAGUGUAAGGUUACGUUAUGCCGUAUUCUCUUGUGGUUUAUCAUUUUUUGCCAAGGUAGUAAAUGAAACUAGGCACCUUAAUUUUCUUCCUUGAAUGGUGAGAGAAUUCCAUGUACUCGGUUUUCCUUCACAAAAUAACACACAACGCAAUAUCAAAGGAAAGGGAAAAAUUAUUUUAAAUAAUUGGAGAAAACCUCAACACUCCUUUAAAAACUUGCACUUCAUUCUCGGUUCGUUUCCAGCUGAUACCAAUUGGGAUUAAAUGGGAAAAGGUCUUUUCCACUUAGAUUUGACGCGUAUUCACUCCUGGGCUAUGACGUCAGGUAAAACGUGCAUGUGGACGAGAUCGAGAGAUUUCGAGUGAAUGUCCAGGGUGCAAGCAGAUUAUAAACGAGGAGAGUGUUUUAUAAUUGCUUAUUAUAACGUUAUUUGCUUGUAAAAAAGCUUACCCACCCUAAUUACCAGAUGUCACUUUCAUCUACUUCCCUUUAUAUAUUUUCAAACUGUAUUCCUCGUAUUUACUUCCAUCUCUGACGCCAGCGUUACCUUUCAAAUUGAAACUCCUAGUUGUGUACUCGUUUUUCUUAUCAGAGAUGUUUGAUCACAAAUUGCUUAAAAUGAUUAAUGAUUAAUUCUCGCAUUAGCGCCCCUUUAAUUAAGUAUACCCAUUCGAAUAAGUGCGCUUACCUUUCACACCCCUCCUUAUCCUCCUUCCUGAAUUUACGGUUUCACGACAAAAUUGACUGAUGAAAGCAAAGAAUAUUAGUGGGAAAAAACGCGAUAUAUUACAGAUUUGUUUUUCACUGAUGAAGUGCUGGCACCCUAGUGUUAAAUUGACUUUGAGGAAAGAGGGAACGUUUGCAAUGUACAAUAGGAACUUCAUUAACAACAAUACUAUUUGGUCAUAUUACCGAUAACGCGAAAUCAGUGGGAUCUAAAUGUUCGUUGUCUUCCCGAUAAAAGUGAUAUACCCUGGAGUGUUCAUUCAACAGUUUAAGGUCCCCCUUCCCUGAUAAAGUAAUUGAAAACCUUAAAUGUCUUUAACAUCUUUUGGUGGCCUUGCUACUAACGAGGAGGUUUUAUGUAAAGUGGAACUAGGAUUAACUGAGGGGGGAGCGUAAUUUUUCUGAGACGAGAAACUUGCACGAGUUCUUGUUGUAACAACAAAAGGAUACACGGGAGGAUAUGGUAUUAUUCAAAGAUUCAUAGUUCCGAAGACCGGUGUUUACCUGAUAAAAGCCUGGGGCGAUCGAGGAGGAACACACUCGACUAACUGCCGGAGGGGGAGGGGGUGCGUCUAAUGGGUAUAACGGGGUGGAUGGUCAGGCGGGUACCAUUGGCACCAGUAGUGUAGGGAGAGAUUCAAAUGCGAUUUAUGGCGGAGGGACUGGGGGACAGCCUGGUCAAUGUGACAAUAGUCCCGAGACGGCUGACUACCAUGGGGGAGUGGGUGCAGGUUGGUUGGCGGAAGGGUGCGCCAGAGUCGGCCCAGAACAUGGUGAAAGGGGUGGAUCACGUGCUCAGGAUUGAGUGGGGGGACGUGCUGGAGGAAUGAAUAGUGGCUAUAACGGUGGGCCACCCCCUGGGGCAGUGGGAGGAUUCGGCGGUGGGGGAGGAGGUUCCGAGGAUAAUGGUGCAUCAGCAGGGGGUGCUGGAUAUUCUAAGGGAGGAAGUGGUUUAUGGCAUUCUCAAGCCGGUGGGGGAGUGGGCUCGUACUGUAGUGGCUCAAGCUGUUUAGGUAUCACUGGAGGUAAUAUGAAUGAUCACGGAAUUGUGGAAAUAUUUCAGUUGUGAAAUAUUGAUAACAUUAAGUUCUUGGCUUUGCUGAUGUUUCACAUGAUACAUCUAGCUAGAUUUUUAAAAAUUUCACUGAUCUUAGAUAGCAGUUGUAACAACUAAGAUAAAAUUUGCCUGAAUUUUCAAUAGCCUGAGAAAACAGCCGACAAUUCGUGCCUCCACCGCUGGUUCCCCCGCAAAAUGACGUCUGCGAAAAAACUAGUGCAGAAAUUCCAUACUGAUGAUUCUUCAUUACCCAGAUUUGGGUCGUGGCUUUGAUUGAUUGAAGCCCAUUUUCAAACAAUCAAAAGCCCUACCCAAAUCUGGCUAGUGAUACGUCAUCAGUGUGGAAUUUCUGCCCUCGUUUUUCAGCCGUCAUUUCGCGGGAAGUCGCUAAAUGUCGGCUGUGUUCUCAGACUAGAUUUUCAAACGUGCAUAUAAUUAGUCUUUCUUUCUUGUAGACCAUACUAGCUACGUUUUGAACUAAGUAUGCAGCAGCCAUUGCGUCCUCCCUCCUCCCCCGCUCUUUCAUGAUCCUUGUUUCUUUCUCUCGUCUUUUAUCCUUAUAUUUUUCGCCUUUGAAGUGUCUGUAUGCUUUUUGGACCGAUAAGAACUCUAGUUUUGGCUUUCUUCUGGUUAAAUAAAUCACAGUUUUUGUUUUCAAAACCAGCUAGAUAUAUACCGUAUAAGACCUGUAACCCGGUGACAUUCUUUUUAAAAUAGUGUUCACUAUUCUAGGCGCACCCGAGAUGGUAAUAAGUACAAAUUUAGUUGCGUUAGGGAAACAACCGGGAAACAACUUAGUUUUUAAGGUUGCUUGAAGAAUCGACCCGAAAAAGGCAAAUUCAUUAGUCGUGUAAGAAACUCUUCCCAUCAAUUACAUCCCCUAAGAGCGAUCUAUUGAUCGGUUUCACUUUUCAGUAGUUAGCCUUGCGCAGCUGGCAAAUCUCUCUAGAGAAUCCAUGAUUCGCUUCAAAAUCAUGUUAAAUAAGUGGCUUGUCAACUAACAAAAUCAGACUAAAUAACUAUCAUACUGGAAAUCCCAUACAAUUUACAAUAAAUAUACAAGAUAGGUGUCCAUUUAACUCUCUUCAAACUAGUUUAGUUUUAUCUGUAUUAUUGAGGGAUGUAAAACAAGUAACACGAUGGUGCGCAAUGAAUAUGUAGCGAAUAUGUAUAAAUCUACCGCAGUGUUUAGAAUUCUCAAUAAAGUGUAUAUAUUUACUGAUAAUUUAUAUUGCAUGGUAUUGUCUGUGAAUCAGCACUUAUUGGGACGUAGUAAUUUUAACAUCAAGGCUCGAUAUAUAAAGAAAUUGAAUAUAUAUGGCUAACCUGUUGCACAGUGUGAAGCAAAAUCCAGUUUUAUGGAUUUGGAACUUGCCAUCUUAUGACAAUUUUUUGGUUUAUGCCAUGACUUUUUUUAGAGAAACCCAUGUCCAUGGUUCUCGUUUUCAUUCAAAAAAUGUUAAUGAAUCAUUUUCCAGUCGACUCUCUCUUAAAGGACACCAUGCUUUAUGGACAUGGGGGAGGGGUAGUACUCGAUUAUAUAAGGCAGCCUUGCAAAGGGCAGGGUUUUUUGUGCCAUUUUGGUCAGUAAACGGGUGUAAAUUUCCCCCAUUGUGAUCUGAAACAGAGAAUGGUUCGCAAGAGAAUCACAAAGAGUAUGUUAAAACACUUUUGCCUAAAACUUACAAUGUUCAGAAAUUCCAUACCGGCGAGGUGUCACCAACCAGAUCUGGGUAAUGUUUAUGAUUAGUUGAAGCAAAUUUCCCCGCGGGGCAUGACCAAUCAGAAGUACUAACCAGAUCUGGAUAGUGAUACGUCUUCUGCAUGGCGGAAAAUUCUGCGCUCGUUCACACCUAGUCCCAUUCUCGUCCCCAGAGCCUCCUGGGGGACUGAGGCCUGUUUCUCGAACGUCCCUGUAACUUUUCGGGCCCGAAAUCAAAUAUUCAAAUCGAAAUAUAAAGAAUAAGAUCGCGGGUCCUGGCUAGCAUGCAUCUACUCCAUUUUGUUUCACUAACUGAUAGCUUUAUUAUGUUAGAUGCAAAACUUUUUAAACCUCUAUCUUGCAUGUAAUAAACAACAACAGCUUAACGGGCCUGUUAGUUAUCGGGGCUUUCGAGAAACGGGUCCCUGAGCAUAAGGACAAGGAGGCUCUGGGGACACAGGAUUUGAAGUCCUAGAUUUUAGUACUUCCAAUCAUUUCUGAUUAUCUACAACAUUUCUAAUAACGUUCACUUACUCUUGCCAAAGUGUCAAUGACUGUUAAUUUAGGUGAUUCAAAGCUUUUAAAAGAGAAUCCUCCAACUUACUUUUGAAUGGGAACUAAGUCCUAAAAUCUAGGACUUCAAAUCCUGUGUCCCCAGAACCUACUGGUCCUCGUGCUCAGGCCCCCAGGAGGCUCUCGGGACGACAAUGCCUAGUACCAGUUCGGCGUCUUCCCAGGCCUUCUCAGUCAAUGCAUUUCGGUGAUAUAUCGGAGACGAACGUGACCCGAAACGCAUAAGUCGAGGGGAAUAAUGAUGUCUAGGGACUAGGCAAUGCUCGUUCCGCUUCAGACGUCAUUUCGCGGGGAAACCGUACCGGUGAUGGUGUCGCAAAAUGUCGGCCAUUUUCUCAGAAGUUCAUUUACGUGAGCAUGAGAAUCUCAGGCUAUACGCAAAUGAGCUAUAGCUAGCCAGUCAGUGGAGCGAACGAUGCUUUCACUCAUGAGGCAAAACACGCUUGGAAAUUUUGACCUAAAAUUCGGCCAACUUUUCGCGGCAGAGGAGGAUUGGGUCCAUGUGAAUCAAAAAAAAAUGAUGGCGGCUCAAAGGGAACCUAACCAAGUGGAAAUAUUAGUGGCAUUAAAGGAGCAUUAAAUCGCCAGAAGUCGAAUUUUUUCCGGCGGAUUUCAAAUGUACAUAAGCUGAGAGAUCUAGAUCAAACAUUUCAAGCGCUAGGGAAAGUGGCUGAGGCUGUUGUGAAGGGAAAAUACGGUCCCCUUCGGGAUCGAUAUCAGCAUGAAAUUUGUCCCGUAUCUUCCACGUUGGAGCGCACAAUGAUACGUGCUAAGAAAGGAAUUUAUCGCCGACUUAGUCCGCGGAUGAGUAAAAUCCAUCCUUGGAUGAUUUGUUUUGACGUCCCGAUGCCACAGGAAGUGUCCAAUUGAAUUUAUUGAAUAAAGGGGUUGUAAAUCUUACACGUUUUGGUGUAGAUGUUUUGGAGCAGCCUUAUUCAGUCAUAAUAACAUUCUCAAGUAUGAGAAGACUGUGUGCCCUAUUUAAUAAAUUUGAGGACUGCCAAGGAUUCACAAAGAAGCUAGGAGUUGGAAAAGGGGAAGUGAAACUCAUUGUUGAUGAAAGGAAGAAUGGAAUUAUGAAAUAUAAAUAUAAAGAAGAAAUGUUGGAAUUGAAAUUACAUUAUGGCCAUUGGAAUGCCUUUGGUAUCCUUCAUCAUUGAAGAGGGAACAGUGUUUUCUAUACAGUUACUAAUGAGUUGAGGUAGCAACAUAUUUAUAUAUAUGUUGUAGUUAGUUUUUUUUAUCUCAAGUAAUUUUUAUUUUUCCUUUAUUUCAUCUUUAUUACCAUACCUAAAACCCUGAGUCGAAUACCAAUGAAGACAAUUGGCAGAAGUCGCAUUAGCAACUUGGGAUCAUUUGAGUCACCCUGAAUUGCUUUCACUAGAUACAUAAAGCCAUGCAAGAUUAGGCGGGAAUCUUUACCAGUUAACCUGCAAGUGAAGUCUUUAUCUUUAGCUCUAUCCUCAAGGAGCCACCUACCUAGUUGUUUUUUCAUUCUCCCUGCUUUAACAUCUUGUUCCAUGGCCUUUAAAUAUCUGGACAUUGCCGAAUUCGAGGGCAAAUCAUCAAGACUAUUUAAUUUUUGGGGGAGGUUACUUACAGAAAUAGCAAGAUCAAGUAACAUUGCAUGAAAAUGUUGGACACCAUUAUUUUUAAGGUGAAGUGGUUCAACAACUUCCUUGUCACAUAGCUUACCAAUUAAUGGUUUGAAUUCUUGUCUGGAUUUUUUUACAGCAAUAAAUUGAGUUACUUUGGAUCUCUUUGUUGAUACUGCUAAAUGACUAGGUAUUUUUAUCUUGAAAUCUUCAACCUGUUUUGCAACUUUGAUUCUUUCUGCAUACUGCCAAGGCUUCCACUUACAAUCAUGAGAUUCUCCAUACUUUCCAUUCAGUGCAUUACAGUCAUCUUUGGAGACAUUAGCAAAGCUAGAAAAAUAUUUAGCUGCAUUACUUAAUUCCCCAUUUAUAUAUGCAAGGAAUUUCAUAUCUCCUGGCAGGAGAUCAAAAGAAAAGGUGACAUUCUUACCCAAUACUGUGUAAGAUUUGCUCUCUAUUUUUUCCAUGUCUGUAGCAAGUUUCACUGUAAAACGAGAAACGACCAUGUGGUCCUCCUUACAAUUAGCUCCAAAUAACAAAAAAUUGUCAUUGAGACUAGCUACCCUGGGCCCCACAUUCAAAAAACUUAUCAGCCAUGACAUAGCUAUAGAUUGAUCCCAUUUCCCAAAAGGAGCCCCAUCACCCCCUAUGGCAAUUUUAAAUGCUCCCUCCCUCUCACUGAACCACACCAGUUUAUCCCCAGGUUUCCUGUACUGAUCAGUCUCAAAAUAGAACUUGGCCAGCAGAAAUAGAAAGUUCUCCAGGUUUCUAUAGACCCCAUCAACCUGUUGAUCAGGUGGAAGGUCAUGGCAUAGGGUUUCCUUUAUUGAAUAAAAUUCCCCCACAUCAAUUUUUUUCAUUAACAACCCAUAGGGAAGGAGUUUAGGAAUUGGGAUACCCAUACCAAACAAAACUCUUUCUUUUGACACAGAACCUAGUUUCUUGGUGUGUUUCUUAGUAUUUUUCAUAACAAGAGCUGAUCUUGUUUGUUCAUAUUUUACCUUUCCCAUCAAUCCUCCUGCAUAAAGCAUAGAAAGUGAACGAAUGACAUUAUGACCACUUUGCUCAUACUGCUUAACCUGAGGUUUUAUUACUGCUAGACUAACUUUUCUCAUCUUUUUUGAUGAAGAAAAGUAUUUAGAUAGAGCUGCUGUCUUCGCAUAUUUAGUCAGCGUAGAAAACAUGCCAUCCAAGGCUGGGGACCUGUCUUCAAUAGAUCCACCAUUUACCUCUGUUGCUGCAACCAACGUUUCAAGUUGUCUUCUGCUGGCACUUCGCUGCGGCACGUUUAGCUUUCCCUCAUCAGUGAGCACAGUUGCACUUUUUUUUCUUAGAGUGGAUGUGUUAGCUGUCACUUCAAAACCUAACCUUCUUUUAGUCUUGACAGCGGGAAGAUCAACUUUUACCAAAUCAACAUUUUCUUUUAUGCGAGUUUUCUGCAAGUUCAAGAACGUAAGUUAACCCUUUAAGCCCUAUGAAUGAUCAGCAUCAAAUUUCUCCUCGUAAUAUAAAUACUUUGUUAAACAGAGUGGUCAUGAGAAUUGCGGACAUGAUCACACAAGAUGAAUUUGCUUGAUAUUUUAUCAACUUCUUCCCACUACUUCUGUACGAAAUGAAUGUAGCGAAUUUAACUUAGAGAACAUUUACUCUGGAGUAAAUUUUAGCGGAUCGAUGGAAAAAUCGCAAAAAUAAGAACCCGCAAAAUUUUCGUGCCACACGGUAGUCCUCUCCUUUUACUAAAAAAAACCUUUUUCAAGAUAAACUUACCUUAUUCUUGAGUCGCUGAAGUCUUUUUUUUAAGGUACAAAUUCCUUUGAUUUCAAAAGGUACUCCGCUCGAAGCGUAGCCCUCUGCUUACUGAGCUCCCCAACAGGAAAAUUUGACUUGCAUUUCUUCGAUGUAGUGCUCUUUCUUCGUGACUUGCUCCCUAUGUAAACCGCUCAGCGAACCAUAUAAACGCAAAAAUCUCUAAGAACCAGAGGCAUCCGGUAAAAAACCAAAACGAGGAAAACACAGCCGAGGUUUCAGGUCUUCUGUUUACGAUAUCAUACCUGGCAAUAAUACGUUUCCCAGCGAGAAAAGUUUCGACAAAAAUACUCAAUUUUUCUUGAAGUACUGCGAACUCAGUGUGCAUGAAACAGAGAGUAAAAGUACAAGGAAACAUUUUGCAGAAGAAAGAUGUAAACGCAUGCAAAUCGCAUAUCCACAGAAAGCUUAAAGCCUGUAGAAAUUUGUUUUUCAAUGGGAAAAACUCCCCUAGUACCCAUUCCUCCGCAAAUGGCCAAAUUCUGACCAGGACUCUUGAGCGAAAAUGGCUGCCAAAUGACCGCGCUAUAGAACUGCUAAUUAGGGACUGGAAACUGGGGACACUAAACUUGGCCAAAAUUGGCACAAAAAUUUCCAAGCGUGAAAAACAAAAUGCUACUUCCAUGCCUAAAAAUACAGUCCUAAUGUCUAUGGACGUUAAUAGUCUUUACACCAACAUACCACACAAAGAGGGUGUAACCACCGUAUGUCACCCAUACGAAGAUUUUUAUGGAGACAAAGCCCCUAUACCCAACAAGUACCUUAGAGAAAUUCUCUACCUUAUAUUAACAGAAAACUCGUUCAAAUUCUGCGGUAGUAACUACCUACAAACCCAUGGAACAGCCAUGGGAACAAAGAUGGCCGUUGCUUUUGCAAACAUCUUCAUGGCCAGAAUAGAAAGACAAAUAUUGAGUCAGAGUUGCAUCAAACCGCUUUUUUUGGAAAAGGUAUAUUGACGAUGUGUUUUCGUAAUGGAACACAAGUCUAGACAAAAUAGAGAGUUUUGUGAAAAAGGCAAAUAACUUUCACUCUACGAUAAAAUUCACGGCUGAGAUGUCAGAAACAGAGAUCACGUUCUUGGACACAAACGUGUACAAAGGAAUAAGAUUCGACGAGGAAUCAAUCCUAGACGUGCAAACAAAUUUACAAACCAACAGAAACAUUCCAGUACACGAACUUCUACUCGUGUCACCCACCAGGCGUGAAAAAAGGCUUCAUCAAAGGGGAAGCGCUCAGGCUUGUAAGGACUAAUUCCUCGCAGAUCACAUUUGAGAGGAAUAUCAGAAAUUUUCACAACCGCCUGUUAAAAAGAGGCUACCCUGCCGCUUUUUUUAAAAAAAGUACCUCUCUGAGGUAAAAUUUGCCGACAGGAAAACAGCCCUACAACAGAGAAACAAAUCCGCACGCAAAAAACUUCUACUUUUGUUACACCAUACCACCCGGCUUUACCUAGCCUGAAGAAAAUACUUAUGGGUAAGUGGCACCUUAUACAAAACCAGCAACGACUAAGAGAAAUAUUUAAGGAGCCUCCCCUCAUAUCUUAUCGCAAGGGAAAAUCUAUUAAGGACCUACUAAUUAAAGCGAAGCUCUGACGGCCAUACUACUUCAAAUACGACUUAGUGCAGGAGUCGUGUGAUGCCCGUCGCUUAUUUUCAACCAUCAAAAAUGACGUUUUUUUCCAUGUGAGUUAAACUAUACGUUUAGUCAAAUCUCUAAAGCCGCAGCGGUGUGUGCCGAGUUUCGCUCUAAGUUGCCCGCCUUUUAUAACGCGGGUCAGCAGUCCGAAAACCUGAAUACAAUAACUUAUAUUUCAUUGCCACUGAAGAAAACACAAAAAUAGAAAGGGAAAAGCAAGUAAGCUUGAGUUGCACUUUUAGUUAGAGCUGUUAAGUCUCCUGUUGAGAUUCUUCACACUGGCCAUUUCACUCACAUUUUUGUCGUUUUCAUGGGAGUGCUUCAGGGAUCAUGAAAAGACUGUUGAGUGCUUGUUCCUAACCCCCCCCCGCCCCCCCGAGUUUUAGAGCUAUUUUUUUUUUUAGAAACAAGGUAAAAGAUGAUUUCUCAUAACGAGCCGCACCGUCUUAGCAACCAAAAAAAUUUUGUUUAUCAAGCUGAGAUAGGGGACUAAAAGUCCCCUAUCUCAGCUGGAUACUCAGAAGCUUGUAACAUUCACUAUUCCAUUUAUCUCUGAUCAUAUUUCGCAUCUAAUACGAUAGAGGCGUCAAUUUUCGCGCCAUCAUGUCAUCAUUCUAGGGCGAGAAAUUUAAUUAAAGCGCGGCAUUCAACAAAUGUCGGCUCAAGUUUCGGCUAAAAUUAUUCAGUGCCGUCAAAGAAAAAAACAUAUUUAUUAAGGUCUGCGUAUAAAGUCGAUCACAUUGUUAACACAGACAAAAACGCUUAAAUAUCGCCUACAAAAUGAACGGCUGAGUUUGUUUUUUCUACGGGUCAAACUGCUACUAUAUAUCCCAGAAGCGCUCAGACAUAAUAAUAUGCCAGGACUUCUACCUGGAUGAACCAGAAAGGAUAUAGAACAACUGCCUAAAUUUUUUUUACUGCUAUGGGUUGAAAUGCUAAACGUGUUCCUAGAAGCGCUCAGGCAUAAUGAUAUCAUGCCAGGACUUCUACCUGGGUGAACCAGAAAGGAUAUAGAACAACUACCUAAUUGUUUUUUACGGCUACGGGUUGAAAUGCUAAACGUGUUAUAUAUCCUAGAAGCGCUCAGGCAUAAUAACAUCAUGCCAGGACUUCUACCUGGAUGAACCAGAAAGGAUAUAGAACAACUGCCUAAAUUUUUUUCAACGGCUACGGGUUGAAAUGCUAAACGUGUUAUAUAUCCUAGAAGCGCUCAGGCAUAAUGAUAUCAUGCCAGGACUUCUACCUGGAUGAACCAGAAAGGAUAUAGAACAACUGCCUAAAUUUUAAUUUUUUUAAAGCUACGGGUCGAAAUGCCAAACGUGUUAUAUAUCCUAGAAGCGCUCAGGCAUAAUGAUAUCAUGCCAGGACUUCUACCUGGGUGAACCAGAAAGGAUAUAGAACAACUGCCUAAAUUUUUUUUUACGGCUACGGGUUGAAAUGCUAAACGUGUUAUAUAUCCUAGAAGCGCUCAGGCAUAAUGAUAUCAUGCCAGGACUUCUACCUGGAUGAACCAGAAAGGAUAUAGAACAACUGCCUAAAUUUUUUUUUAAAGCUACGGGUCGAAAUGCCAAACGUGUUAUAUAUCCUAGAAGCGCUCAGGCAUAAUGAUAUCAUGCCAGGACUUCUACCUGGGUGAACCAGAAAGGAUAUAGAACAACUACCUAAUUGUUUUUUACGGCUACGGGUUGAAAUGCUAAACGUGUUAUAUAUCCUAGAAGCGCUCAGGCAUAAUAAUAUGCCAGGACUUCUAUUUGGAUGAACCAGAAAGGAUAUAGAACAACUGCCUUUUUUUUCUACUCGUCGAAGUUCUAAACGUGUUACUCUUAGAAGCGCUCAGGCUUAAUAAUAUGCCAGGUUUCCAGCGACUGAUUUUAGCUGAUUUUGCGGUGCGCAAGAAUGGAUAAUUAACCCGACUUGUAAACAGAUAUUUCCUUCAGCCGAUUGUGUCUCAUGCAGGAGAAUGUCAUGUCUGCGUUGUUUUGUUUCUACUGAAGUUUUAUCAAAGAAAGCUUAAGCGAAAAUAGGGAGAUCGCAAUUUAUACUCUUACGAACUAUAAAUUAGGGCUGACCUGGAAGACGCGUUGAAUUGUGCCGCCAUCCUUCAAAAUAUAACCUGGCUGCGUUUAGGGAGACAAUUUCCUCUUCCAUCCAGAUGUACUUGGUAUAUGUGUUUGCGCGAAUCUUCAGACAAAGAAUUGGGUAUACACUGAUUCGAAUGGCUUGGCGAUACUAAGUGCUUAAGUCUUCUUACCGAUUACAACAUGUUUUGGAAGUAUUGAGAAGCGCGCCAAACGAAGUUGUCACAGCGUUCUCGAGCGAACACGGCGCGACCUGGAUUGAUAAAAAUUACCAUUACAUGCAGGUAUCAUGCCAGUGAUAUCUCCUUUCGUCGCAUAGUGAAUAGUUUGUGAGCACAUCCUCGACUCUCGAAACAUUUGUCUUGCGCCGCUAUAGAAGUUGCUUCUCCCGCGAACCAUAGGUAGAAUUCCCGCUUAACAUAAUGUUUGAUAAUUUAUGCAAAAGUUGACCUCGUGGAAGUCAGCAGUGCAUUUAAUCGACUCAAAAAUAAACAGACUUCCUACAGAGUUUUGAACACGGUUUUAAUUAAAGUACUUUACGAGCGCUGCGGUAGUUGACCGCAAAAGUGUUACGGUGAUGGAUACUCCACGGGAUGAUUAUGUCACUUCAUAGCAACCAGACGGUACGAAGUUUUUAACUUCCGGAACGCUGAGGCUCGUAGUGUAAUGCAUGACCAGAACUAAAAUACCCCAUUGUCUGGUGCUCUCUGUAAGCACAUGUGGCCCACAGUGGCUUGUCUCGUCAUUUUGUUGCUGUGCUGUUCCUGUGUGCAAUCAUACGGAGAAAAGUCAUACAAGUCAAUUUUUUUCGUUGUUUCAUACCAUAUUUGCAGGAACACGGUUGUGUUGAGAUCCAGAAAUUUUGCUACCAUGGCAACGUGACACAACGGCUUCUCCUCUCUGUCGACUUUCAGUAGAAUUUAAUAAUCAUUGCUUGGCUAUUUUAGAUACAAAUGCACUCGCGGCUGGUUAAUUUGUCAAAUAUUCUUACAAACAGAAAAUGUUUACCAUGAUCUUGGGUAAUAGCUAGAGUGCUUGCUCAGAACGUUAAUCUAACUUCAAAAAAACGAUCAGUACCCUUUUGGAAAUCUUAACAAGAUUCUGAUCUAUUAUUUCAUGUUUUGCGUCCUGUUUUGUUACCUCUUUUUUUCCGUUUUUUCCUACCAUAUUUGCAGGAACACGGUUGUGUUGAGAUCCAGAAAUUUUGCUACCAUGACAACGUGACACAACGGCUUUUCCUCUCUGUCGACUUUCAGUUGAAUUUAAUAAUCAUUGCUUGGCGAUUUUAGAUACAAAUGCACUCGCGGCUGGUUAAUUUGUCAAGUAUUCUUACAAACAGUAAAUGUUUACCAUGAUCUUGGGUAAUAGCUAAAGUACUUACCCAGAACGUUAAUCUAACUUCAAAGAAAUACUCAGUACUCUUUGGAAAUGUUAACAAAAGGUCUACUUGGGGGUUAGGGGUGGGAGGAGGGGACAUGAAAUGUUCUGCACUCGCCUUAUGAAAAUACGAAACACAAUUCAGUAAACAUGAAAACUUGAUCGACGGGCCGCCGGCAUCUUCUCGCAUUGCACUCGAUUAGCCUCACGACGUUUUUUGUUUGUUUUUGUUUGAAUUAAUUGUCUAAAUUUUCGUAAGCUUUUGAAAUUAGUAGGAAACAGUGUUUUUAAGGAUCUGAUCGAUCGAUAGCAAAAUAUCCGAGAUACAGAAAGAGAAACCUCUAAACAUUCUGAUCUAUUAUUUCAUAGAUAAUUUUUCUUUAUGGCAAAAGUUAACUGAUAUCUGUCUUUUACUAUAAUAGCGUGCCAGUAACCCGCUUUUUAAUUAGCUAUAUCUUAUAAAAUAAGACUUCCCUUGUUUUCAGCUGUCUGUAGUUUUGCCAAAAUGUUUAAUUGGACUGAAUUCUAUUGACCUUCAGUUUAAUACUCGUUUGCUGCGUGAGUUUAAAUGGCAUUAUACUCGCUGUUGGUAAAAAUUUUCUCAUAAACAGAAAACGAUUAUCACGAUCUCCUUGGGUAAUAGCUAUAGGGAACAUUGGAUUAACGAGUUUUUAAUAGCAUCUUGCCAAAAGGAGUACUCAGGGUGGGUGCUAAAAAUGUCGAAUGCUCGCCUCUAUUACUUCUUUCCCAAAUUUACCCGUAUGAAAAUAGGCAAAAAAAUUCAAAAAAUAUCAAAAAUUGAAUGAGACAAAAAAAAAAAAAAAAAAAAAAAUAGAUAUAUUUGUUCUAGUUAAGUCUAGUUAAUACAUUUCAAGCUAACCAAAAUAAAAUUCGUUGGUGUUCGCUUAAAGCACAGAUGGUAAGAAUGAUGUCUCUUUGUCUCUCGUUCAACGAGAAAAAAGUCGACAGGAGUAAAAGCGACACAGUGCACAUGUUUUAUAAACAUUAACACUAUGCUUCUGCAUAUGUGCAUACAGCUUUUCCUUCAGUUCUUUCCUGCUUUUCCCUCCAAAUCAGCAUGAAAAGCCAGUCGAUGGAUGAAAUAAAAUUGAACGCUUUUGCUGAGAUCAAUAACAACAAAACUAUUUGCCUUCUUUUUUUCUUAUUGAAUUUGAUAUUGGAAAUAACAUGAGCGAAGAAUAAUUCCUUACGAAAAAUAGUAAACAAAUUUAAAGAUAAAAGUGAAAGGACUUAUUCAAAUUAUUUGUUUCAUUGGUUAUAACUUUUCUCCAGCUGGAGCGAUUCCGCUCACUUAAACAUAGGACACCCACGCAUCAUCUUUCUAAAAAGUGUUUUCGGAUAGUCAAAUUUAAGAAAAAGAAAGAAGUCCAUUCGAUUACAAAAAACUACAGCACAGUCAACUUACGUAUGAUGGAAAACUUAAGCGAAGCAGGUUCAGUUCUUUUCCGAAACAUAAAACGAUUUUUAAUAGGGCCGGAAUAACAUCAUGCAGGUACGUUUUGGAAGUAUAUAAAUCAGUUGUCGAAUUGGAAGCAUUUUCAAAUUGGAGAUAUUUUCAAACUAGCAAAGAAUGACUAGUCACUUGUUUUUCUUAAGUGAGGCGUUACAACCAGUCUAAGCGGCCUCAUAUUAGUUAAUAAAAGAAAAAUACAUGAAAAUAAAAUUAUAUGCUAGUUACUACUGGUAUCACAUUAAAAGUUGCAUUUCUGCAUGACAUUGUGUAAUACGGAGUGAAUUCAUUUUUAUUUAGAACCCCGAGGCCUUGAUGUAUUGACCUUGCUAGCACUAUCGCUCGGUUAAUACAUCUUCUUUAGUUCUCCAGACUAAAAAAAAGUCUCUUAGACUUUUGUGGAUAAAAUUUCUAUCAUGAGCCACCAGAAUUUUCCUAUCUACGUGGUGUGUACUGCUCAUCACACCUGGGGAAAUGGAUCCGAUAUCGAAAACGAUUCAGUUUCGAAGGAUAAUUCAUUCAUGAUAGAAUGGGCGUCCGCCUAAUGUUUUACGUUAACUGAUACGCAAAACAAGCAAAAUGGACAUUUCAAGCAAUUGCGUUUUCUGCCCUCCGUUAUAAAAUAAAUAACACUACUGCAUGAUCAGAGCUGAAAUACUCGAUUUUCUGGUGCUCUCUGUAAGCACAUGCGCCCCACAAUGGCUUGUCUGGUCAUUUUGUUGAUGUGUUGUUCCUGCGUCCUGUUUUGUUACCGCUUUUUUUUUUUUUCGUUUUUUGCCUACCAUAUUUGCAGGAACACGGUUGUGUUGAGAUCCAGAAAUUCUGCUACCAUGGCAACGAGACACAACGGCUUAUCCUCUCUGUCGACUUUCAGUUGAAUUUAAUAAUCAUUGCUUGGCGAUUUUAAAUGCAAAUGUAUUCGCAGCUGGUUGAUUUGUCAGCCGAGAGGUAUUCUUAGAAACAGAAAAUGUUUACCAUGAUCUUGGGUAAUAGCUAAAGUACUUGCCCAGAACGUUAAUCUAACUUCGGCGAAACGCCCAGUACUCUUUGGUAAUCUUAACAAAAGGUCUACUUGGGGGUUAGGGGUGCGGGGAGAGGACAUGAAAUGUCUUGAACUCGCCUCAUGAAAAUACGGAACACAAUUCAGUAAACUUCUCAAACUCAUUAAUAAUUCAUAAAGAAAAUUCAAAGGAAAUUAAUGUUUAAUAAGUGUUUGGAUAUCGGAUGAAAAACUGCUCAUUUUUGCAUCCUUAAUUUCUCCUUCAAAAAUGAUUUUGUUUGAGAAGAAAUAUCAAACAUUCGACACAGUGUUUCAUCACCAGAUGAAACACCUCGAAGUUCGUCAAAAAUACUCCGCUACGCGUCGUAUUUUCAACUCUCUUCUCGGUGUUUCAUCUGGUGAUGAAACACUGCGUCUCAUGUUUGAUAUAUUACAUGAAAAACUGAUCGGCCGGCCACCUGUAUCUUCCAUGCAAUCAAUUACCCUCACGACGUUUUUUGUUUGUUUUGGUUUGAGUUAAUUGUCUAAAUUUUCGUAAGCUUUUCAAACUAGUAGGAAACAGUGUUUUUAAGGAUCUGAUCGAUCGAUAGCAAAAUAUCUGAGUUACAGAGAGAGAAACCUCUAAACAUGCUGAUCUAUUAUUUGAUAGAUAAUUUUUCUUUAUGGCAAAAGUUAAUAUCUGUCUUUUACUAAAAUAGCGUGCCAGUAACCCGCUUUUUAAUUAGCUAUAUCUUAUAAAAUAAGACUUCCCUUGUUUUCAGCUGUCUGUAGUUUUGCCAAAAUGUUUAAUUGAACUGAAUUCUAUUGACUUUCAGUUUAAUACUCGUUUGCUGCGUUAGUUUAAAUGGCAUUAUACUCGCUGUUGGUAAAAAUUUUCUCAUAAACAGAAAACGAUUACCACGAUCUCCUUGGCUAACAGCUAUAGGGAACACUGGAUUAAUGAGUUUUUAAUAGUAUCUUGCCAAAAGGAGUACUCAGGGUGGGUGCUAAAAAUGUCGAAUGCUCGCCUCUAUUACUUCUUUCCCAAAUUUACCCAUAUGAAAAUAGGCAACAAAAUUCAACAAAUAUCAAAAAUUGAAUGAGACAAAAAAAAAAAAAAAAAAAAAAAAAAAAAUAUAUUUGUUCUAGUUAAGUCUAGUUAAUACAUUUCAAGCUAACCAAAAUAAAAUUCGUUGGUGUUCGCUUAAAGCACAGAGGGUAAGAUUGAUGUCUCUUCGUCUCUCGUUUAACGAGAAAAAAGUUGACAGGAGUAAAAGCGACACAGUGCACAUGUUUUAUAAACAUUAACACUAUGCUUCUGCAUAUGUGCAUACAGCUUUUCCUUCAGUUCUUUCCUGCUUUUCCCUCCAAAUCAGCAUGAAAAGCCAGUCGAUGGAUGAAAUAAAAUUGAACGCUUUUGCUGAGAUCAAUAACAACAAAACUAUUUGCCUUCUUUUUUUCUUAUUGAAUUUGAUAUUGGAAAUAACAAGAGCGAAGAAUAAUUCCUUACGAAAAAUAGUAAACAAAUUUAAAGAUAAAAGUGAAAGGACUUAUUCAAAUUAUUUGUUUCAUUUGUUAUAACUUUUUUCCAGCUGGAGCGAUUCCGCUCACUUAAACAUAGGACACCCACGCAUCAUCUUUCUAAAAAGUGUUUUCGGAUAGUCAAAUUUAAGAAAAAGAAAGAAGUCCAUUCGAUUACAAAAAACUACAGCACAGUCAACUUACGUAUGAUGGAAAACUUAAGCGAAGCAGGUUCAGUUCUUUUCCGAAACAUAAAACGAUUUUUAAUAGGGCCGGAAUAACAUCAUGCAGGUACGUUUUGGAAGUAUAUAAAUCAGUUGUCGAAUUGGAAGCAUUUUCAAAUUGGAGAUAUUUUCAAACUAGCAAAGAAUGACUAGUCACUUGUUUUUCUUAAGUGAGGCGUUACAACCAGUCUAAGCGGCCUCAUAUUAGUUAAUAAAAGAAAAAUACAUGAAAAUAAAAUUAUAUGCUAGUUACUACUGGUAUCACAUUAAAAGUUGCAUUUCUGCAUGACAUUGUGUAAUACGGAGUGAAUUCAUUUUUAUUUAGAACCCCGAGGCCUUGAUGUAUUGACCUUGCUAGCGCUAUCGCUCGGUUAAUACAUCUUCUUUAGUUCUCCAGACUAAAAAAAAGUCUCUUAGACUUUUGUGGAUAAAAUUUCUAUCAUGAGCCACCAGAAUUUUCCUAUCUACGUGGUGUGUACUGCUCAUCACACCUGGGGAAAUGGAUCCGAUAUCGAAAACGAUUCAGUUUCGAAGGAUAAUUCAUUCAUGAUAGAAUGGGCGUCCGCCUAAUGUUUUACGUUAACUGAUACGCAAAACAAGCAAAAUGGACAUUUCAAGCAAUUGCGUUUUCUGCCCUCCGUUAUAAAAUAAAUAACACUACUGCAUGAUCAGAGCUGAAAUACUCGAUUUUCUGGUGCUCUCUGUAAGCACAUGCGCCCCACAAUGGCUUGUCUGGUCAUUUUGUUGAUGUGUUGUUCCUGCGUCCUGUUUUGUUACCGCUUUUUUUUUUUUCGUUUUUUGCCUACCAUAUUUGCAGGAACACGGUUGUGUUGAGAUCCAGAAAUUUUGCUACCAUGGCAACGUGACACAACGGCUUAUCCUCUCUGUCGAAUUUCAGUUGAAUUUAAUAAUCAUUGCUUGGCGAUUUUAAAUGCAAAUGCAUUCGCAGCUGGUUGAUUUGUCAGCCGAGAGGUAUUCUUAGAAACAGAAAAUGUUUACCAUGAUCUUGGGUAAUAGCUAAAGUACUUGCCCAGAACGUUAAUCUAACUUCGGCGAAACGCCCAGUACUCUUUGGUAAUCUUAACAAAAGGUCUACUUGGGUGUUAGGGGUGCUGGGAGAGGACAUGAAAUGUCUUGAACUCGCCUCAUGAAAAUACGGAACACAAUUCAGUAAACUUCUCAAGCUCAUUAAUAAUUCAUAAAGAAAAUUCAAAGGAAAUUAAUGUUUAAUGAGUGUUUGGAUAUCGGAUAGAAAACUGCUCAUUUUUGCAUCCUUAAUUUCUCCUUCAAAAAUGAUUUUGUUUGAGAAGAAAUAUCAAACAUUCGACACAGUGUUUCAUCACCAGAUGAAACACCUCGAAGUUCGUCAAAAAUACUCCGCUACGCGUCGUAUUUUCAACUCUCUUCUCGGUGUUUCAUCUGGUGAUGAAACACUGCGUCUCAUGUUUGAUAUAUUACAUGAAAAACUGAUCGGCCGGCCACCUGUAUCUUCCAUGCAAUCAAUUACCCUCACGACGUUUUUUGUUUGUUUUGGUUUGAGUUAAUUGUCUAAAUUUUCGUAAGCUUUUCAAAUUAGUAGGAAACAGUGUUUUUAAGGAUCUGAUCGAUCGAUAGCAAAAUAUCUGAGUUACAGAGAGAGAAACCUCUAAACAUGCUGAUCUAUUAUUUCAUAGAUAAUUUUUCUUUAUGGCAAAAGUUAAUAUCUGUCUUUUACUAUAAUAGCGUGCCAGUAACCCGCUUUUUAAUUAGCUAUAUCUUAUAAAAUAAGACUUCCCUUGUUUUCAGCUGUCUGUAGUUUUGCCAAAAUGUUUAAUUGAACUGAAUUCUAUUGACUUUCAGUUUAAUACUCGUUUGCUGCGUUAGUUUAAAUGGCAUUAUACUCGCUGUUGGUAAAAAUUUUCUCAUAAACAGAAAACGAUUACCACGAUCUCCUUGGCUAACAGCUAUAGGGAACACUGGAUUAAUGAGUUUUUAAUAGUAUCUUGCCAAAAGGAGUACUCAGGGUGGGUGCUAAAAAUGUCGAAUGCUCGCCUCUAUUACUUCUUUCCCAAAUUUACCCAUAUGAAAAUAGGCAACAAAAUUCAACAAAUAUCAAAAAUUGAAUGAGACAAAAAAAAAAAAAAUAAAAUAAAAAGAUAUAUUUGUUCUAGUUAAGUCUAGUUAAUACAUUUCAAGCUAACCAAAAUAAAAUUCGUUGGUGUUCGCUUAAAGCACAGAGGGUAAGAUUGAUGUCUCUUCGUCUCUCGUUUAACGAGAAAAUGGUCGACAGGAGUAAAAGCGACACAGUGCACAUGUUUUAUAAACAUUAACACUAUGCUUCUGCAUAUGUGCAUAAAGUUUUUGCUUAAGUUCUUUCCUGCUUUUCCCUCCAAAUCAGCAUGAAAAGCCAGUCGAUGGAUGAAAUAAAAUUGAACGCUUUUGCUGAGAUCAAUAACAACAAAACUAUUUGCCUUCUUUUUUUCUUAUUGAAUUUGAUAUUGGAAAUAACAAGAGCGAAGAAUAAUUCCUUACGAAAAAUAGUAAACAAAUUUAAAGAUAAAAGUGAAAGGACUUAUUCAAAUUAUUUGUUUCCGCUCACUUAAACAUAGGACACCAACGCAUCAUCUUUCAGUCAACUUACGUAUGAUGGAAAACUUAAGCGAAGCAGGUUCAGUUCUUUUCCGAAACAUAAAACGAUUUUUAAUAGGGCCGGAAUAACAUCAUGCAGGUACGUUUUGGAAGUAUAUAAAUCAGUUGUCGAAUUGGAAGCAUUUUCAAAUUGGAGAUAUUUUCAAACUAGCAAAGAAUGACUAGUCACUUGUUUUUCUUAAGUGAGGCGUUACAACCAGUCUAAGCGGCCUCAUAUUAGUUAAUAAAAGAAAAAUACAUGAAAAUAAAAUUAUAUGCUAGUUACUACUGGUAUCACAUUAAAAGUUGCAUUUCUGCAUGACAUUGUGUAAUACGGAGUGAAUUUAUUUUUAUUUAGAACCCCGAGGCCUUGAUGCAUUGACCUUGCUAGCGCUAUCGCUCGGUUAAUACAUCUUCUUUAGUUCUCCAGACCAAAAAAAGUCUCUUAGACUUUUGUGGAUAAAAUUUCUAUCAUGAGCCACCAGAAUUUUCCUAUCUACGUGGUGUGUACCUGGGGAAAUGGACCCGAUAUCGAAAACGAUUCAGUUUCGAAGGAUAAUUCAUUCAUGAUAGAAUGGGCGUGCGCCUAAUGUUUUACGUUAACUGAUACGAAAAACAAGCAAAAUGGACAUUUCAAGCAAUUUGCGUUUUCUGCCCUCCGUUAUAAAAUAAAUAACACUACAGCAUGAUCAGAGCUGAAAUACUCGAUUCUCUGGUGCUCUCUGUAAGCACAUGCGCCCCACAAUGGCUUGUCUGGUCAUUUUGUUGAUGUGUUGUUCCUGCGUCCUGUUUUGUUACAGCUUUUUUUUCCCGUUUUUUGCCUACCAUAUUUGCAGGAACACGGUUGUGUUGAGAUCCAGAAAUUUUGCUACCAUGGCAACGUGACACAACGGCUUAUCCUCUCUGUCGAAUUUCAGUUGAAUUUAAUAAUCAUUGCUUGGCGAUUUUAAAUGCAAAUGCAUUCGCAGUUGGUUAAUUUGUCAGCCGAGAGGUAUUCUUACAAACAGAAAAUGUUUACCAUGAUCUUGGGUAAUAGCUAAAGUACUUGCCCAGAACGUUAAUCUAACUUCAACGAAACGCUCAGUACUCUUUGGUAAUCUUAACAAAAGGUCUACUUGGAGGCUAGGGGUGGCGGAGGAGGGGACAUGAAAUGUCCUGAACUCGCCUUAUGAAAAAACGAAACACACUUCAGUGUUUUUAAGGAUCUGAUCGAUCGAUAGCAAAAUAUCCGAGUUACAGAAAGAGAAACCUCUAAACAUUCUGAUGUAUUAUUUCAUAGAAAAAUUUUCUUUAUAGCAAAAGUUAAUAUCCGGUUUUUAAUUUGCUAUAUCUUAUGAAAUAAGGCCUCCCUUCUUUUCUGCUGUCUGUAGUUUUGCCAAAAUGUUUAAUUGAACUGAAGUCUAUUGACUUUCAGUUUAAUACUCGUUUGCUGCGUGAGUUUACAUGGCAUUUUACUCGCUGUUGGUAAAAAUUUUCUCACAAACAGAAAACGGUUACCAUGGACAGACACCUCGAGCUCAGUUACGAACUUUAAUUAAAUCAUUAAAUUUUAACUAUAUAGUAAAUGAGGGCUAAACUUAAGCAAGCGUAAAUUUACAUGGCAGCAUCCUCUUUCCUAUGCUACUUUUACGCUGGCUGGUAACUUAAUUUAGAAUGCGUGUUUGUAAUAGCCGUUGGGUAAUUAACAUUUCGCAAUUUUUAGCGGUUAACUUUUUCAGUAAUAUGCGACCAUUAUGAAAGCGUUUUAUCAGAAUGCUCUGUUCAACGUCGCAGUGCUGCGGUAGAGAAAAGCUGCACUUCUUUUCAACAGCAAAGUAUAUAUGUUCACCAUUCAACAAGAGACAAACUCUAUGAGUUCCGAUGUCCUCAACCGGCCCGUAAUGGAGACCUCCAAAAAAUUAAAAUAUGUUUCGAUUGAUGUUACUGAGGUCAACUAUUAGCAUCGGUAUAUAGUUUUACCUUUAACAGCAAGAAUAAAGAUAUUUUGUUUAAUAACCUUCAGUCCAAAAAAAAUAUAGUUCUUAACAUCAAUUAACAAGCGGCACCUGAACGUCCCACAUAUACUAAAAAAGAAAUGCAGAAUCUGAUGGCGUUAUUGUGACAGCAAUUAGCGCAAGGGGGAAAAACAGAGAUGUUUAAAAUUCAUCACAGUUUUAAUUUAGCAGUCAGCUCGCCUUUACUGCAAAUACUGCUGCGAAUACAGCCAUCUCUGGCGAGGUGCGAGGAUACUAGGCUCUAUUAAUAGAAAUUAGUGGCGUUUUCUGCAUUGUUCGCCAAAACGGCAACGAGCUUUUCAAUAUUUUCCUAUCCUCUACAUUGGCAGGAUACUGAAGUCAAUCACUGAAAGGACACGUGUCAAUCGAGCUUAAAGUAUUAAUUAACUUGCUAUAUUACAAAAUUAUAAAUAUGUUUAUGAAACCUACAAAUUCUACCCGGGAACUUCCUUUAUGCAGACACACCUUGUUCGCGAAAACAAUGCUGUAAUAUUGCAGAGAUAAGUAACAUGAUUUCCUCACUCAUUUUCUGCUUCGUCGUUGGCGGAGUUUUAGCAGCCGAGGAAGACUCUAGAUCUGCCUACAUCAAAACGCAAGAGAACAAGCGUUUACAUGGCCAUGUUGUCAAGAGAAUUGAUUCUACGGAUGAAUUGUCGUGCAGUAAAGCAUGUUUAAGACAUUCUUGGUGUACCUCUUCUAACUUCAAAGAGUCCUCGGGCAAUUGUGAACUGAACAAGCAUGAGUUCUCUACAACUGACGAUAACACUAAGCUCACUGAUCAUCCAGGCACCACGUUUUCAAUGUUUCUUAAGGUAAGAAAAGUUCUGAAUUUUCAUUGCUUAGACAACAAGGACGUGCGUGUGCAGACGAGCCUAAUUUCCGCGUGCAAGAAGAAAUAGACUCCUGCACCCAGAAUAAGGCAACAACUGUUAAAGCGAAGCUAACUAAAAAAAUAGAAAUUUGGUAAAACACUAAAUUUGAGUUGUUGUAAAAAAAGCGCACGCAUUUCAGUCAUGUUUCGUAUGGGAGCGAGCCAUGUUUUCUCUUUCCCAAAUUUUUCAGUUCCGCAAAAUCAUUAUCAAGGCAAUGUUUUCUUCCCUAACAAGAGGCUUACAUGUUUUGAAAAUAAAGUUAAGAGAAGUACAGAGUGCAAACAACCGUAAAUGUUAAAAAAGAGGAACGCAGAGGCAACAAUUUAUCAGUGGAAUUUUUAUGUUCAACAUUAGAUUUGCUUUGUGCCGUUAAAAAUGUUGAGGGAUCAGUCUAGCUACCUGCAAGAAUCCGUCGCUAGUACGUCGCCCUCCACUGCGCGAGAAAGACUGGCUAAAACAUCGCUUUUCUGGUAUAAGAAGCUGUAGGAAGUCGAUGGAAAACGAUGUAUAUAAUUUUAGCUUAAGUAACAUAUGAACAUUUUCCUCAGGGCUGCCUAAUGGCUGGAUGCCUUAACGGAGGUUCUUGUUUGUUCGACGAAGGGAAAGAUGCGUUUGUUUGUUCAUGCAGUCCGCAAUGGAGAGGAGAAAAAUGCGAGAUGGGUAGGUCGAAACUGUUUUUGUUCCUUAAGUGCGAUAGACACUCUAGGAGAAGAGUGGAAGACGUACCCGGCUGAAAACGAAAUCACACAACUUCCUAUACUUUAUACGUGACAAAUUUUUUUAGAGGCCAGGAAAGAGUUAUAAUCUGCUGACUGGUUUUCUGUGGCAAUGCAGUUGAUAUAUAGUUCUCAGGGAUUAAUUUACAUCCCGCGUAAUAUAAGAAAAGUAUGUAACGGUAUAAGACUUUGGCGUUUACCAUUAGCCUCGCAGAAUGUGGAAAAGACAUUGCAUUGGAUCUGGUAAAAUUUUGUGUGACGCUUAAAUUAAGGUAAGUGAUACCUAACACUUGGAUCAACCCAACAACUACUGAACACAUAACAGGGGCACCCAACGAGAAUAUAGUUGAAAACCAUUUAAACAUAGCAUUGUUAAACGUAUUUUAGUAUUUAAACGGUAGACAUUGGCAUAUUUUUAUCCCCUAAAAAUUUUUCAUCUGUUCGGAUUUCCUAGCAGAAAGUCUAGUGAUCCGAAAAUUAUAGGGAUCAUAACUUACCUUUUCGAAAAUUUCAGCCAGAAAAAAGGCUCCCCAAAAAUUCUAGGUGACCUUUUUAUGGUAAAUAUCCGUUAAAAAUGGGCAAUUAUACCAUUUUUGGGGGAGUUCGAAAAUCCUAGGAGAGGCAAGCAAGCAAGAAAUUUAACAACAAACGCUCCGAAAAUUCUACAUCUCAAAUCGUCUUCCGAACAUAUAUUUUCCGAAAGCUGACGUUGGGUUCCCCUGACAUAACGGACGUUUUUAUACAGAGAAUUUGCAUCCAUCAAUUAGAUAAUUAUUUUUGCUUAAGAGGCAGUCUCCCUAAAAGCGGUCCACUCGAUUUCGCUACAAAAAAUAGUUUUCCUUUAUUUUUUGUCGGUGAAGAGGCUUUAGUAGGUGUAUACUAAAAUCGCUACUUUUGUUUUCAAAUUCUCAUUCUUAGCUCUGCUACAAGCCAAAAACGAAUUGAGUCCGUCUCGGCUUCUCAGAGAGUGUUUCAAAGACUAAAAUUGAUGGAUUUUGAAAAGCGCGUUGCAAACAAACGAAUGACCGCACAGAAAAUCUGUUCGAUUCAGUUUUUUUUACUUAACCUUCGAUAGUUCACAGGCUAAAUAAAAAUAUCUUUGAUCAAAACAUGUUCAAGUUACAGCGGUUCAAAGACUACCUAUUUUGCAGGCUUAAUGCGAACCCUGAAGGUAAGGAAGAUUUGACGGAAAAUAUCUCAAAAGUUGCGGCCUAAAUCUGGUAUAAAAAUCAUAUCAAAGUAAAGUUUUAAGCUUAUUUUUUUGGUUUGUAGGCUCAGACUUGCGGGUAUCUUCUUGGAUUGCAACCAACAGUAGAUUGUAAUCUGCCAUUUUGCGUAUUUGCAUAAUUAUUGGCCGUGUCAGAUGUCACGAUCGUACAGGUUAAAAGUUCCAUGAAAUUGCCUCUUUCGACACUUGAAUUCGUCUCCGGCCUCUAAAAGAAAGUAAUUAAGCUUCUUUAAGUACUUUUGAAAGAGAUAUAUUAACAUAUGUUAACAGCGAUGGUCAUGCAUCAACUGAUAUUAACCACGACCAACUGGCAGGCGCCGUCGUCUUGUAACUACCGACCUUAAGUUUAGGUGGACGGCUACAUAGAGGACGUUCACUUUGGCCGCGACAGGCUGGGCCGACGUCGACUUGGUAAAAGAAAGAAGCUUUAAGUUUCAGUAGAGGUGACGGUCAAAGACUUUUCGUAAUUUUAUUGAAGUUUUGAGGAUGAAUUCCCAGAAAGAGAUUCGAGAACUUUUGGUGGACUUUUAUAAUUAUGAUGGUGUGAUAUCAUACAUACAUAUACAUACAUACACACUUUAUUUAAGGUAUCAUGAGAAAUAAAAUACAAAUAAUACCCUAAAAAGGAAAUUUAAGAGGUUGACCCUAUGUAAAUAAACUUCCAAAAAUAAAAAUUAAAAAUAUAUGCUUAUGAAUAAAAUCUAAGAUCUAAGAUGGAUAAAAACCUAAGAAAUACGCAUGUACGGUUUAAGAGCUAUUUUAAAACGUCUUAAAUUUCCUAUCUCAACAACAUUGGCGGGCAGGUCAUUCCAUUCACGAAUAAUUUUAACAAAGAAAGAGUAUUUAUAACAAUUGCAGUUAGGCGAUUUAACUUGCAGUUUGUAGUUGUGAUUGGACCUGGUACGUUUUGAAGCGAACUCGAAAAAAUCGUAAAAACAAAGGCUAUUCAAUCCGAAUACAAGUUUAUAGCAUUCAAUCAAAGGAAAAAUAUAGCCUUCUGUCAGUCAACGGCGACCACCGUAACAUUUCGCAGCGAUCUUCGUAUGACAUCUCUCCCCUUCGCUGACCUAAGGCCAAUCGAGAAGCUCUUCUCUGAACUUUCUCUAAGAGAACAAUAUUCUUCACUAGGUAAGGGCACCAUACAGGGGAAGCGUACUCGAGCAUUGGUCUCACAAGAACCUUGUACAGUGUGGAAAAGAUUUCCUUGUUUACAGAACCGAUUGUUCGCUUGAUUAGACCAAGAACUUUAUUGGCCGUAUUGACAACCUCAACAACAUGUUAAGUCCACGAGAGGUCAUGCGAGAUUGUGAUGCCAAGGUCCUUUACAGAACUCACUGAGCUUAGACGUUCUCCACGCGGGACGAGGGAGUAAUGUGGGACAGAUUUAUCACGAUUAUAAGUAACUCGCAUAAUUUCACAUUUCUUCGCAUUGAAGUUUAACUGCCAGACCUCAGACCAAUUUCUAAGGUGGAAUAAGUCGGACUGAAAGAUGCUUGUGUCUCUAGCUAUGUCGGAGAUCUCUCUGUAAACCUUGGUAUCAUCUGCAUACAGUUUAACCGUUGAUGAAAUACCUGACGAGAUGUCAUUCAAGUAUAAAAUGAAUAAGACAGGUCCGAGGAUUGGUCCUUGGGGUACUCCAGAUAAAACUGGAGACCAGGACGAGCAAGUACCACCCAGGACGACGCGUUGCAUCCGACCGGUUAAAAAAUUACGAAACCACUGGAGAGCACUGCCGUCGAUACCGUGACGCUCAAGCUUGAAAAGAAGACGCUCAUGCGGUACGCUGUCAAACGCCUUGGAGAAAUCCAGAAAGGCGAUGUCAGUUGGCAUUCUGUUGUUGCGUGAUUUCGCCCAAUCGUCGUAACAAGAAAGAAGCUCCGAAAGCGUUGAUCGACCCUCCAUGUAAGCGAACUGGUUCGGGUUGAGGAUAUUUAUGUCUCGCCAAAAAUCCAUCUCUCGAGACUUAACGAUUUUCUCCGCGAUCUUGCACACUAUUGAUGUUAAUGAGAUCGGGCGAUAAUUAUUCCUGUCAGUCUUACUGCCUUUUUUGAACAAAGGUGUGAUGUUAGCGAGUUUCCAAAGAUGUGGCAAUUUGCCUGUUGAAAAUGAUUUGUUAAAGAAAAAACACAGAGGUGAUGACAAAACACUCGCACAUUCCUUCAGAAAGCGAGGUGGUAAGCUGUCAGGUCCAGGCGACUUGUAGAUAUUUAAAUUUUUUAACAGCUUUUCUACUUCCUUUAUGUUGCAAAGAAUGUUUGAAAGUUUACAAUUGGUGACAUAUUCAAAUUCGGGGAAGUUAUCGCAGUCCUCUGAUGUAAACACAAAGGAGAAAAAGUCAUUCAUACUUUCAACAAUGCUGAGAUCAUCCAUUUGGGAGGGUAACGCCGUCAACAUUAAGUGAAACGAGAUUGUUAGACCCUUUACGCAUAGAUUUCACAAAGUUCCAAAACGGCUUGGGAUUGUUGUUAGUAGCAAGCUCAACAGCCAGGUCAUUGAUGUAGCUUCGCUUCGCUGCAUUACAGGCUUUCUUAACAGAGUUAUUUAAAGUGCGAUAUCUCAUCCACACUAGAUCAGUGUUUACUCGCUUUGCCUUCCUGAAAAGAAGUUUUUUCUUCCGAGAAAGCUUAAGGAGCUCCUUUGAAAUCCAGGGAGGAUUAAAUUUAUUGUUGUGCCGCCGCUUCGGAAUACACUGAUCCACUGCCGCAAAGAAUAAAUCUAACCACGCCUGCCAGUUAUCAUCCAAGUUGUCGUCGAAGUAUGCACAAUGCCACGGUGUGUGUGAAAACACACGCGAUUUUAAAUGUUCCCAAACUGCCUUUCGAUAUGCAUAAACAAGUUUCUUUGAUUUACGUGGGCGGGGAAGGGAUCCGGACAGAAAAAAGGUUAAACAGAAAUGGUCAGAAAAGGGUUCCCCUACGGUUAGCUCGCGUACAAACUCGGGAGAUGUUGUAAGCAAAAGGUCCAAAAUAUUACAUUCUCUAGUUGGCUCAUUUACCAGUUAUGUAAAAAAGUUGUCUUGGAUAAUGUCAAUCAGGAGAGAAUUGUUAGCCGAGUCGCAUGCAGCUCUAACAUCAAGCUAAUCUAUCCCAGGUAGAUUAAAAUAUAACCAAAUCCUGAUGCGUGGAAUUUUGAAGAACGUCUUGCAUAUCCAAUAGAGGUUUGGUGUCUGCAUUUGGUGGUCUGUAGAAGGCACCUACGGUAAUCUUACGAUCAUUAGGAAAAGAUAUAUCUACAAAAAUCAGUUCAGAGUCCGACAACAUGUCAUCCCUUAAUGAAAAUUUGAAGGUGUCGUGAACUGCAAUCAAAACUCCUCCUCCACAGCGGCCAUUGCACAUUCGAUCACGCCUGAAGACCAGAUAGUUAAAAAAAAAAAAAUUCGCCGUCAGCUAUUGACGAGUCCAGAUGUGUCUCGACCAAAACGACUAUAUCAUAAACCUUAUUAGCAACUUCCAAGUGAAGCAUAUCCACUUUAUUAACAAUACUUCUGGCAUUAGCAUAAAAGAAGGAUAUACCCUUAUGUGUGCUGCGGCGACUGAACUGAACGUUCGUUGCUUCACAACUUCACAUAAGUAAUUCGUUCUCAGCUCUCUUGUUCGUCGCUCCACUGAGCCUAUUCGCGAUCUAUGUAUUGCCAAAUUUUCGCACGCUUCACAGUUCUUACGGCUGGCAAUCGAGCCUACACAGCUCCGGGCUUGAAGCGGUAGGUCUCACUUACAAGAACUUCUUUAGCAAGUUAAAUAUCGUGAUCUUCAGUCCACUCCAUCUUCAUUAGAAUAAGAACAAAUUAUUAAAUAGGAUUGAAAAGUUGGGCGCAAAAAUAAACAUUAAGUUCCACCAUGGUGCUUUAUAAAGGGCUUUAUUUUGUCACGUAAAUGUUAAUCAAUUAACACUUAAGUUCAUUUUAACCUACAACUUAAGCAGAAAAAAUAAACUAAAAACUUCGUGACUGGAAAAAAGGGUAAAAGUCGAAGUUCAGAUGGUGAGAGUAUACUUAAAUGUGAUUAUUUUAUCGCUGGGUAUUCUAAUCCUGCAGUUGUACCACUUGCUGCUGUUAUAUUCAAGGCAGGCGUAUUUUGCUGUGCGAUCGAUUUGCACUUUCGACUGACCGAGAGUUGGGGCGAGUCAAAAAAUGAUUCCAAGGGAGACGUUGCCUGCCCCUCCUCACCGGGUCGCGCGUUAAGAAAACGCCUUCUCUGCAGUCUAGGAUUUAUAAAACAAGUGAUACCAUGCCGGGACCACGACGGCAAUGUGGUGAGCAGGAGCAUGCGCAAUAUCCAACAAAUGAUGACGUCACGUCCGGUUGAAGUUGCCGUCGCCCCGAAAAAAUCGUGGUUAUCAGUAACAUGCAUGACCAUCCCUGUUAACAUGUAUUAAUAUAUCUCUUUCGAUUCAAAAGUACUUAAAGAAGCUUAAUUGCGUUCGACGAAGGAAGAACGCUUCCUAAUCUCCUGGGUUGCCUGUUAUCGCGUAGGUUCCCUGUGCACGCAAGCGAAAGCUGACCCGUGUUUUUUCGUUCCAUGGUUCACCUUUUCGGCGCCAUUUUGAAUGACGUCACAAUUUCGUUGCGCAAAGCAUUCUGCCUCGUGGUUCAAGCUUUAUUUACGUCAUAAGCAAUUGUCAUAUGGCAAUCACGUGCAUCACUGGUUCCAUCAAGGUCAACUACAUUACACGGGAAUAUUUGAGUUCGGCUAAAGAAUGAACGUUGGAGUUGUUUUCUAAGCGGGUUUUAUCACUGAGCUGAUGAUUCUGCUAAACUUUUCGGUCAAUGCCGUUCAAAUAGAGCUGGAACUUCGUAGAAACACACAAAUAAAGACCAGGUAACAUUUGUGCCGUGAGAAGUUUACCCGUGCGUUUGAGUCUAUUUACUUAUUUGUAGUUUAACCUCUUUCAUGCACGAAAAAGUAAGCUUGAGCGUAUCAGUGCAGGUUGUUACAACUGUAAUGCUUUAUUCACGUCUGAUAUCUCUACGCGGAUAAUUUUGCAUGAUAAGUAUCUCGCUCGCUGAAGCAAGCUAAGUUUAAAACAUGUUGAACUGACCUACGUGAACUUAAAAUAAUCAUUAGAUGAAAAGUUUGCACAAUGGCAAAAGAUUCUGUCCGGUUCUCUGACAUCAGUAAUCUAGCAGAAACCUAAUAUGUUUCCGUCGCUCCUAUGAUCAUUGUUUUCACUUCAAGUUGUGUCACGCAAGAAGCCAAGACUUUUAACCUUCAAGGCUACCAUUUUUUCGAAGUUUGUAGUGACAUGUUUAUCUUUUUAACAACAAAGAACUUUUUACGAUCUACUUUACAUUUUUAUCGACCAUGCUUGAGGGAGAGUAAGACAUUUUAAGAGUAGAGAGUUAAUGAGUGAGAUAUUUUGAAGCCGUAUACGCGAAGAACAUUUUUUACGAAAAGAAUGUCUACCUUUUAAUUCAUGAUCUCUUCCAUGAUUUUGAAAUCAUGCUUGACGACACAAAAGCUAAUCUGGAGCUAAGAAAACUCGAACACACUUAUUGAUCUAUGAUUACUACUAGUUACUUUCUUUUAGAGGCCGGAGACGAAUUCAAGUGUCGAAAGAGGCAAUUUCAUGGAACUUUUAACCUGUACGAUCGUGACAUCUGACACGGCCAAUAAUUAUGCAAAUACGCAAAAUGGCAGAUUACAAUCUACUGUUGGUUGCAAUCCAAGAAGAUACCCGCAAGUCUGAGCCAACAAACCAAAAAAAUAAGCUUAAAACUUUACUUUGAUAUGAUAUUUAUACAAGAUUUAGGCCGCAACUUUUGAGAUAUUUUCCGUCAAAUCUUCCUUACCUUCAGGGUUCGCAUUAAGCCUGCAAAAUAGGUAGUCUUUGAACCGCUGUAACUUGAACAUGUUUUGAUCAAAGAUAUUUUUAUUUAGCCUGUGAACUAUCGAAGGUUAACUAAAAAACCCGAAUCGAACAGAUUUCUUGUGCGGGCAUUCGUUUGUUUGCAACGCGCUUUUCAAAAUCCAUCAAUUUUAGUCUUUGAAUCACUCUCUGAGAAGCCGGGACGGACUCCAUUCGUUUUUGGCUUGUAGUAGAGCUAAGAAUAAGAAUUUGAAAACAAAAAUAGCGAUUUUAGUAUGUACCUACUAAAGCCUCUUCACCGACGAAAAAUAAAGGAAAACUAUUUUUUGUAGCGAAAUCGAGUGGACCGCUUUUAGGGAGACUGCCUCUUAAUUCCGUUUAACUUGUUUCCUCUUUGUAAAGAAAACGCGUACGGUUACACAGGUUAUGAUUACACUUACUUGUAUUGUUCCUUUUGUGUAGAUAUUGACGAGUGCACUAGCGGUACACACAACUGCCACAGUUCACUUGCUUCAUGUACAAACACAGCGGGAUCCUUCAGUUGCACAUGUAACAGUCCUUACCGCGGAGAUGGCAAAACUUGUAAUCUACCAUCAGGUAAUCAACUCACCGAAUAUUAGGAAGAUGUUCAUUCACUAGACCGCUACUCGGAGAAAGCAAAACUUGCAUUAAUAUUCCAUGCGGUAAUUAUUAUCACCAAGAAUUAGGAAUGUGUCUAUUCACUAGACCCUUAUUUACACUCGUUAGAUGCAUGUUACUUUAACCUUGAUUGUUUAAAGAGGGUUUCAGUUUAAUGCAAAUAUUACCCAGAUCUCUUGUCGACGAAGCCGAAAGCGAGAUCUGUUCAAUUAAUCAAAUUCAAUUCUCUCUUGAAUUAGCCACUCAAACUGCCUAAAAAGUAUAUGUAUUGCAGGAGUGACAUGAGUAUUGUCAUCAGCGCGCGCUGUGGUGUCUGCAAUUCAUUCUUCACAAAAUCUUUUUCUGGUCUUUUCCCCUUUUGCUUGCCUCAUUACGACGCAUGAAUUCGUGUAUCGAUCAUGACCGGCUUUGCACAAGCUAAGGUCCAUUGAAUCGAAGAACAAGCCGGAAAGUUUGCUUUUUAAGAUUUCUUAUAUACUAAGUGAAUACUUGUAUUGCAACAGUUUAUGCAAUAUGUAGGGAUCGGAUCGUCCAUCAUUCUCCUUCCCAGAGCUUCGAUCCGUUUGCGGGUCAGCGUCGGCGAACUACACUGACCAUGACCCAAGCUCUGGGAACGAGGAUAAUGAUCGUCCAUACGUCUAUUUACCAGCUUUUCUGGACACAGGCCUGCCCAGAGGGAAUGUGAACGAACGGGACUCAGGUCACAUGCGAGGUGCAUGCCAUCCCUACCCAAUCUCACAACCCGUAAAGGUUGGCCACACCACCGGGGUAUACAACCCCUGCUCUCUUCGAAUAGUGAUGUUCCCACAAGAAGAAAUAAUUGAAAGUGCUGUGAGACAGGACCUACGGUUUUUCGUCCUUAUUCGAGAAGACUAUAAAGUCUAACCAUUUGCAGAUGUCAUUACAAAGGCAGCACUUUCUUCUCAGUUAUUUAAAGACCCUGAGUGUUGGUCCGACCGGGGUUUCAACCCGCGUUGAACCCUACGUCGGUUAGAUUGUGCUUAUACUCGUUUCGUACCUACGAGACUAACUGAGCCUUUUAAUUACUGUUUGAGUUUCUCACAUUUCUGGAUUUUAUUGUCUCCUGCAACUUCUUGAGUUGAGCAAUAUUUCAAGAUAGCGGUUUGGGGAUUAACGUACUAAGAUACUAAUUCUUACAGAAAUCACUGCAUUAAUAAUGGCAGUUUCUUGGUGUUGCAGAGAAGAAAACUAAUCAAUACCCACAACAAAAGAAACACCCAAGAUAACAUAUAGAGGUCAGUACUCCACAGAAAAGUACAGGAGUACGAUUUUUAGUCGCGACUUGAGCAACAAAAAAGAAGAGGAACUGAAACCUUAGGACAACGACCACAUAAGCUGCCAUGAAAUGAUCGGAUGGACUCAUGAUCGGUGGUCAAUUUAGAACUUUGAGCAUCAUCGAUCAAGGGGUUCUUGGUCCAUUUUUUACGAGAGAUAAAGAAGCUUUACUAUAAGAGAUCAGUAUGAAUUUAGGGCGUUGUAAAUCCGUUGCACAAGGCCAAUAUUACCGGGGUGCUACAUACUUGAAAGGUCCAACCAGCAUAAAUCACUUUGUCGUUAGACCCUUCUCACCAGAAUGGUUUAGAAGCAAGGGAGUGAGAUUGGAAGGGGCCACAAGCUUGAGAUCUCGUUUCUUCUCAAUAUUAUUUAUUCAAUAUUUCACAGUUUCUGAUUGUCUGUCUCGCCGCUAAAUCCUCACAUCCGGCACACGGUUACCAUAUUUGGAGGCCGAUGUAGGCAGUACAAAAAACUUAUUAACAAAAAUGUCGAAGUUUUUUAACUGAGAAAUCACCAGACUAAUCCAAUUUCACGACUGUUUAUUCAUCGAGCCAAGAAUAAGUUGGUGAUGUGAGACGCAAAGAAUUCUUACGUGUACCAGUCACUGACCGGUUUGCAAUUCCGCGAAACUUAAUUUAUAUCUAUUCCCAUUAUGUCACGUCGCAUCGCAGCUAGAUGUAGUGACACUCACUUCGAACGUUUUUCCCUCUUGUACGAUUCAGAAUAACUGUCACUGCAAAUUUAUUUAAUUUGGAUAGCCGUUUUGCGAAGGCAGGUAGACGCUUAAGGCCUGUUUACAUGGAAGUAGGGGUCCCCAGGUUUAAGUGAGGUGACCCGCUUAGGUAGGGUAACCCGCCUGUCUUUAUUACAAUCUCUCAUAUGGUCACCCCCUGCCUAUCAUGUAAACUUGAUCAAAUUAAAAUGAGAGAUUAUAUGGACAGACGGGUUACCAACUACACGUGAACAGGUCUUUAAACUGUUUACUUGAGGUUGUACAAUGUAUUUGCAUAAUUAUAAGCUAUUAUAUCUGACCAACCUUUGUUAUUUCGGCCGCUUGUGUGUUCCCAUUUUAUUUUUUUUUUUUUUAUUGUUUUUUUUUUUCAGUAAAAAAGAGAAAGCCGUUAUUUAGCAAAAUCCUAUUGAAAUGAAAUAUUUAGUAACAGUAAUAGUUUAUCAGGCUACCCCAUAAAAUGGCUUUUCAGCCAACUUUGCAAUUGCAAUUUGAUAAUUAAAAGCUUAAUUAUCUACUUUACAAUAUGUGAAAUUUAUUGGAAAAAAACUGAAAUAAGGAAAUGACGCCUCUUCACUUCAGCCUUACCGUAAAUCCUCUAUUAAGCCCCCCCUCUCUAUUAAGCCCCCGCUCAAAAGUGCUUGAAAAAAAUAAGCCCCCGGGGGGCUUAAUAGAGGAUUUACGGUAAGCUGCUUGACAUUCUCUUUAUUACCUAAAGAUUCUGCAAAGUCAUUCCAGAAGCGGACUGCUCAUGGCAGCUGACCGGAAGGCAUGUUUAACUUGUUUCUGUUUCCGAUAUUACGAGAGUGCGCAUCGACCAUUUUCUUAAAUCUGUUACAGAUAAGGGACUGGGCAAGUCUCUUAACAUGUGCUAAAUAAGCUCGAAUUUUUUUUAAGGCUUGUCAAAGAAAGCAAGGCACGUGUUCUAUCAAUGGUUAGAAAAUCUUGCGCUCAUUACGCUCGAAUGUUAAACCAGUGAUAAAACACUGCUGUUCAUGAUUUAAACAUUACUAAACACGGAACACUUUCAGACUAGAAAACGAUUGUUUUUCCUUUUCCUACAUUGAGAUACAUUACCUUAGAAUUAAACACCAAAAAACAUUCACCAACAUUUGACAAUUAACUUGAACGAAAUGGAAUAAGAGUGAAAAAAAUAAUUUGAAACAGCGUGAAUACACUUUUUUGUGGCGUUUUCGCUCCAUGCCGUCGCAGUCGUGGUUGCUUAAUGUGCUCCUUAUAUGGAAAGAGACCGUGACUGAUAGGGAGAUCGGGUAUGCCAAAUAUGGAGAGUAUGGACUGUACGCCUCCGACUGAGUUUAAUAAACUGUGGAGAGGCUAAACUGUAACGUCACUGCAAUUCGCAGUAGACUGCGAGAUUAAAACCGCACCAUUUGAAGAGAGAGCAUCAUACCGCUAGCACGCAAGCUCAGAAAGAAAAAAAAUUAUAGGCGUUUGUUAUUUUCCGCUUUUCAGCCUGAUCAUUAUGAUAACAAACUUCAAUCGUAUGUGACCCUUGUGUGAGCUUGUUUUUAUAAAGAGUAGAUCUCCAUGCCAGGAAGUCUAGUUCGCUGCUUUCUGUUAUUUGCUCUAUGAGAUCCCUUGACGUACACUGAUCCGUGGAGAAGAAGAAAAUGAAAUUGCUUGAAAUUGUAGGCAAUGAAAAAAUCAAACAGGAAUAGUUCAUACCUCCUUUUGAGUUCGUAGCCAUCCUCUCUCAAGGAUUUUGAAACUCGACUUUGCUGCCAAUGUUCCAAGGCAACCUUAUAGCACAUGACCACGUACUCAGUAAGAAUUUUUUUGGUUGUUUUACAGUUACAAAGGUAAAAAGUAAAAGUAUUUUAUUACCGACACCACGACGCGCGGGAUUUGUGAGUUUUCUUAGAUAGCCGCAUUUUCAUAAACUUACUGAGUUAUUCCUCGCGCGUUGAUUGGAUAUUUCUAUCAAUACGAAGAGGACAUACACGAAAUUUUAAUUUCUGCAAGACGGAACACCCGCUUAAUACGGACACCCGUAUAUAACGGACAGUUUCUAAAAUUUAGCCUUUAAUACGGACACCGAUUAAUACGGACACAAUGGACACUUUUCAAUGUCCUGAGGCACAAACUCUGUCAACCCUGCUAUUUCCGGGCACUGGCUAUCUGCGUACCGUCUAUUUUCCUUGUCACAAUCACGUGCUAUUUGUAAAUAUUUUUACACUGUCCAAACAAGGACAGAUUUCUGGGUUUAAGAAGCAGAAUAGCUUGAUAUGUUUGAUUUUAUGCCAGUCUUUCUUUCCGUGUACUAUAUAGCCAUUUAAUAAUUACUACUCAAGUUUCACUUCCUUGGCGUUUCGGCGCAGUCAUUGUUCCUACCCUUCUUCCUCUUUGUCUGCCAUAGUCUUUAUAUCAAUACAAGAUGUUUCCGGGACGUUUUUACCGAGAGCCCACUUAAUACGGCCAUCCGCGUGAUACGGACACCAUGGCAUUUCCCCUAAUUUGUCCGUAUUAACCAGGUUCUACUGUUAGUAGUUUCCUUUUGAAAGGCAAAAUGUUUUUUACUGAUCCUUUUUCCAAACUUUUGUUAAAGUAAAAAGCAAAUUGACGCCAGCUCCGCAGUAACAUUGUCAAAUUUUCUAGUAGAUUCACUCUCCUGGGGCUCGUGCUCGUGGAUCCACAACACUUUGACAAUGUCAUGAUGCUAUGUUAUGAUCAAUAAGAGGACAGACGAUAAAGAAACUAGCGUCAAUGUGAUGAAAUGAACCAAUUUUAGUGCAUAAAACUAGAAAUACGUUUUCGCUAAAAUCUCGCGAAGCUAACGGGAUCAGCAGUGAAAAUAAACAGUAAAAAGCCAAAGGGUAAAAAAACGAUGAAAGAAAAAAAAAAUGGAAGUAGACACGCCGGGGUUGGAACCCAGUUGCACCCCAACUUCCUCCAGCGAGAAAGCGCGGCCUCUGACCACAGGGCCAUGCGACCACUGCACCGGUAACUCAUCAAAAUUAAUAGAGUUGAAGUAUUUUUCUCUGCCAUUCACACUGUUUGAACCUUAUGGAGCUGUAUUUAUCAUGAAUUCAAAGAUACAUUCGAGGAAAAAUAGCUCAAACGAGUAUUUCAAAACCAUUUUGCAUUAUUUCCGUGUUUAUUCACUCUCGGGCUUUAAAUUGGCCGCUCGAUUAACGGAGUGGUCUUUUUCUUCGCUGCUCUCGCUGAAGUUCAGGUCACCUUUCUUUCGGUGUUAAACCUUCCACGGCAAGAACUUCCACUUGUCCAAUUGGUCACUGUUGUGUUUGCAGCCCGCUGUUAUUUGCCUCAGAAAUACUUUGCGAUUCGCCAGCGUACAAUAAACAGAGGAUAAAGAAAAAGUCGCCGGCCGUGUUGCCUGGAAACCCAAAAUGCACGAUGACGUGCAUUUGGCGUCUUUAUUAUUUGUUUAUGGCUUUUUUCUAGGCAACUGCGGAUACCAAACCGACAGAAAGAUUUAUGACCAAACCGAAACCGCAGCUCGCUUGCGACCCUCGCGUAAUCCGCGCGCUGCGCGCGCGACAAAAUUAUACACUCGCUCCGCGAGAAUUAUUAUUAACCUACUAUUUCCCUACUUCAUCGUAUGUAGCAGAGAUCACUCAUCCAUUUGCAAUGGCAGAUCGAGGCAGCUAAAGAAUGCCUACAGAUAUAUUUGUCUCCCUUUUUCAUGUUAUUGCUUAACCUCGGUCUGUAUAUCUACCAGUGUGUGAAAGCCAGUAAUCAAUCCUCAAUUACUCGUAUGUAGACGAUUAUCGCCACAGUGGGGCACGUGUUGGGGAUUUUACAGGACGUGAAAAUUACCCACUUUGAGCCUGUUUAUGUACAGUUAGAUAAAACUUUUGGAAACAAUAAAUUACAAAAAAUAUCAAGGUAUUCAAUGAUUUUCUAACUUUUUAAAAUUUAAAUCAUUAUUUUUUUUAUAUAUCAGAAUGUCAGAAUUACGGAAGACUUAACAGUCAUACCAGAAAGAUUACGUACUCUGGUAGCAGUUCUUGUGACAGAGGAAUCGGACCUGGCUGGUUCCGUUUUGAUAGAUCUGCCGGCACAAGAAUGGCAACUUCAUGUCCACCUACCUACACGUGUAACGCUGCUGCAACCGGCUGGUUGAAUGGUGGACACCCCACAGUAGCAGACGGUCAGGUCAGCAGGCAGGUGUGUUUUCACUGGAGUGGUAACUGCUGUUUCUGGUCAACAAACAUCAAAGUGAGAAAUUGUGGUUCAUAUUAUGUGUACUACCUUAAUGGUACACCUGGGAGUACUUGCAGUCUCCGUUAUUGUGGCACUAACUAA